AUGCAGGGCGUCGAAGGCACAGGUGGGGAUGACGGAGACGGCGGCGGGGUCGCGCUCGACGCCGGCAUCAGCACCGUCGCUGGAGGUCGCAGGGUGGCGGGCUGUAAGGACGGCGAAGGGGAGGCCAGCGACGCCGUGCUGCGGGAGUCCGGGGCCGUGACGGUGGUGGCUAAUCCGGCGGCGGCUGCUCGUCGAGUGGCGGUGGUGUGCGCCCCUCGCGCGGCCCCGAGCGGCGGCAGCGUCGUGCGCCCCCCGCGCGGCCUCGAGCGGCGGCAGCAGCACGGUCGGAUGGAUCUGACCCUGACCCAGGCGGCAGCGGAGCGACGAGGGGAGGGAGGCGGCCUAGAUCAGACCGGGAGGGGAAAAGUUAAGGUGAUCGGGUGA